AGGACCUCGCCCCCGCCCCACAGGCCAGAGCUGGUGAGGGGUACCCGGUGCCCCUUCUCCGGAAGGCGAGGAAGACCCCGCCCCCCGCGGAGUCGGGGUUGGGGGGGGGACUGCCGGGGCGGGGCGUUGCCAGGCCGGCCGGUUGCGUAGCAACGGUGGGCAGCGCGUGACGUGCGCCGCAGCGUCUGGGCCCGAGGCGCCCGCCAGUCCCUGGGAGGUUAGUGGGGCUGCUGUGAGGAGGUCGCUCUGCAGACUUGGUGCUCGCCGGCUCCCUCUCCGCGCUCUGCGGCCGCCGCGGCGAAGAUGGCCUCAGGAGUGCAAGUUGCUGAUGAAGUAUGUCGCAUUUUUUAUGACAUGAAAGUUCGGAAGUGCUCCACACCAGAAGAAAUCAAGAAAAGAAAGAAAGCUGUCAUUUUUUGUCUCAGCGCAGACAAAAAGUGCAUCAUUGUAGAAGAAGGCAAAGAGAUCUUGGUUGGAGAUAUCGGUGUAACCAUAACGGAUCCUUUCAAGCAUUUUGUGGGAAUGCUUCCUGAAAAAGAUUGUCGCUAUGCUUUGUAUGAUGCAAGCUUUGAAACAAAGGAAUCCAGAAAAGAGGAGUUGAUGUUUUUUUUGUGGGCUCCAGAACUAGCACCUCUGAAAAGUAAAAUGAUCUACGCAAGCUCCAAGGAUGCAAUCAAAAAGAAAUUUCAAGACGCAUCUGUGUCCAGAGGAGAGUGGCCUCAGUCCUUGGGCUGGCCAGUUAUAUUUGACUUGCCGCUGGGUGAUUGGGACCCUGAUGAGAUGGCCUGGACGCACUUACUGUCUCCAGCCAGGAGGAGAUGUUGGCAUAAAACAUGAAUGUCAAGCAAAUGGGCCAGAAGACCUCAAUCGGGCUUGUAUUGCUGAAAAGCUAGGUGGAUCCUUAAUUGUAGCUUUUGAAGGAUGCCCUGUGUAGACCAUCACUCGGUGCCACAAACUGAAAGCUUCCGUGUUUAAUGUUAUCCUUUCGCUAUGUAAGUAAAGCUGAUGCGUUUAGGCCAGGGACUCGCUGAGGGGAGCUGUCUUGUCAUUUGCUAGGGUAAACUAUUCCAUGCACAUGUGCAAAUGGCCCUAAAUAAAUCUAAACUCUAAAGUUGUAUUGGUGUGAAAUUAAAUUCUUACUGGCCAAAUGCCUGUUUUGAUUAGUUGACUUGUAAAGAUUUUUGUUAAGCUCAUGAUUUUUAAUAGUGCAGUUCACACAACAGUCCAAGGCCACAUGAAGAGAACUACUGCAUCUUCAUUAACCUCAGUAGUUACUUUGUUUCUUUUGCUUAGAGAAUUGGUCAUAAUCUGGUUAUAAUUUUGGCCCAAAUUCUUUUUUCUCUGUUGAGCUAAACUGAGUAAUGGAAAAUAAUUCUCACAACAUGUAACAGCACUAAUGUACUUACUAACUACGUAAGAUUCUACCAGACGUGUGGUGGAGACUGCUUAGAACCAGCACUGAUCUUGCACAGCACUACUUCAUGCACGUAGCUGGCACACAGGAAGCAGCUCCUGCACCUGCAGCUGCUCGCUGGUCUAGUUGGGAGGCUGUUCUGAGAGUGACCUUGCAUCUUGGAAAUCUGGAGAAUGUGCACUGUCUUGUAACAGCGAAUUAUAAUGCAAAUUUGGGCUCCAGUGUAAUCCACUUUGUUGAUGAAAAUGGUGAGGUGGUGUAUUGACAGACUGGGAUACCGGGAUGUCUUUAAUUGUGUCUCCUUCAGAACUGUGUUGCUUCUGGUACAAUAAGGUUUGGAAGAACAUUAUGUUUACUCUGGGGCCUGGGCAAGCUUCUUAAUUUCCUAGAGUAGUUUGCCGACUGUCUGAAGCAGGGAGCGGGUGUGACGGCCGACAGCCACGGGAAGCCACGCUGAGGACACCUGGAAGUGACUGCCUUUCACAUCACAGGCGUAACACUGAAAAACACAGAGAUGCAUAAACAGUGGAAUUUAGAAGUAGCAGUACUGGCUUUAUGUAAUAAAGGAAGCAUUUUUAAUUUC